AUGUUCAAGAAUCACCUGGCGAUCACCACUUCGUCCCUGGGGCUUCACCCCUCACACACUCUCCCCGAGAAGAUCCAAGCAGCUGCAUCGAAUGGCUUCUUCGCGGUUGAGAUCAUUUACCAAGAGAUAGUGGUCUAUGGAGCCUCUCAAGCUCCUCCUUUGACCACGAUUGCGGCUGCUCACUCUAUUGGCGAAUUGUGUUUAUCUGCCAAAUUGGAAGUCCUGGCUCUGAACCCAUUCAAGAACUUCGAAGGCCACCACUCGCCGCUCACUGACCGACUUGAUUCUGCUCGACACUGGACCGAGAUUGCCGCAUGCCUGGGAGCAAAAUAUCUUCAAGUGCCAUCUCAAUUCGACACUGCCAACAGCUCAGAAGAUUGGAGUCAGAUGGUGAAGGAGAUGCGCCAACUCAGUGAACUGGCAGCUUCUCAUUCUAUCAGCAUCGCCUACGAGGCAGUGGCAUGGGGAAGUUACAUCGAUACCUGGGAAGAGUCGCUCCGACUGGUGCAAGAUGUGGACCGGCCAAACUUUGGUCUCUGCUUGGAUUCCUUUCACAUCGCCGCGCGAGUAUGGGGGGAUUGCACUACCGAACGAGGGAUACGUGAAGACGGGGAUAGUGCAUUGCAAGCCUCCCUUGAUCGAUUCGUACAGACCUGCCCAAUGGAAAGGAUCUUUUACGUGCAGCUUUCCGACGGAGAAAGAUUUGUGCCCCCGUUGAGACCGGAGCAUCGUUUCUAUCAGGCGGAUCUCCCCUCAGCUUUGACUUGGUCUCGAAACAUGCGCCUAUUUCCUCUCGAGACGGAGCUUGGGGGAUAUUUUCCCAUGCAGGAAAUUGGAAAUGCUUGGCUAAAUAGGAAGAGCUGGAAAGGCGUGGUUUCAAUGGAGAUUUUUGACUGGAGGAUGAGAGAGGAAGCAUCAAGACGACCAGAUGAGAACGCGAAGCGAGGAAUGGAAUCAUGGAAAAAGCUUGUUGCUGCUCUGGAGCAGACGUAA